AUGACCAAGGAUCGGCUUAGUGAGCUGUUAGAGAAAAGUGCCUACAAAGAUUUUGAGUAUAAAUUUGUGCAGGAACAUGAGUUCUGGACAUUGUAUAACCAGGAACGCAUUUUGGAGGAUCUGGACCGGUUUUCAGAUAUCGCUGGUUGGAUUCGAAGAUUGCAGCUAAAUGUGCUGGAGGUUGAGGUGAAUAUUUUUUCUGAGGGGUUUUCGAAAGCCGAGAGUAAAUUGAGAGAAAAUGCUGACCUCUGCUAUCAGAUUUACACGGCUGUGAAACAUAUGCAGACGGAGCUGCAGAAUCAACAAUGGCGCGAGGAGGAAGAAGUCGUUAGCCGUGUACGAUCGGUGCAGUUUGAGCGGAUUAAGGAAGCUUAUCUAAAGGCGUACUGGAAGUACCAGGCUGUAGUACGGCGAUUUGAGGAAUCGAUAGACAAAAAUGGUUUUAUUUUGUAUUCAAAUGAAGACUACGAAGAUCUACAAGAAUAUAUCCCCACCAAACAUCUUCUUCAGCAGGAAACAACGUCGGUUGUGUCACAGGAAACUGUAGAUGAAGCUCGAAACACCUUGAAUGCUCUAGAGAAUCGUCAUCAUGAUCUGCAACUUUUGGAACAAUCACUGGUGCAAAUGCGAGAUCUGUUCGUUCUGUUUUCAACUCUGGUGAUGGAGCAUGGUAGUCUUUUGAAUCUGAUUGAAGGAAACGUGCAGACAGCGUCCGAUCAUGUUGCGGUCGCUGUGCAGGAAUUGGGAGCCGCUCGAGAAUACCAGUGGAAAACCACCGGUCAAAGCUGUUUCUGUUUCAAAAGGAUGGGCUUUCUGCUGGUGGUAUUGGCGGUUCUGACGGUGAUUGUAAUCAUAUUGGUUGUCAAAAAACUUGUACUGUAA